UUAUUAGAUUUUGUGGUCGUGAAAAGUCACAUUUUUCAGCACAUGAUAGUCGACCAUUUCGUUCGCUAGAGUCGGUCGCGUCGCUCAGACCUCACACGGCAUCUAAACAUAGAAUUGAGUAAUUGUUUAAAUAUUGAUUUUUUUUAUUGGGGACUUGCAUGUGUGAGUCAAUCUCUCAUGCACGAAUGUUUAUAACAUUAGUUGGGGCCUGCGAUAUACUAUUUUGGGAUCGGCCAAAUGUUGGCUUUGUGUUCAUGUUUUAACCAUUAUGCUUUCGUGUAGCGCUCAAGAGUGUAUGGAGUUAUUUUGUUAUUCUGAAGGAUAUUUCAGUGCCUAUUAUUACUUCACGUGUUUAUAAUAAGUAAAUAUGGAUAAGGAUUUACCGGUCUGGUCUUCAAAAUAAACCAACACACUAGCAAGUUCCAGUAUUCUGAAAUAACAAUAAAAAGAAUAAAAAAAAGUCUCUAGUCCCUAAAGUUUCUACUUGAAUUUAAAAGUAUUUUUCUCUGUACUUAAAAACUUACUUUUAGUAAAUAUCUGUGAUAAAAUAAAACCUUUUUGGUGGACCUUAUAUAAAAAAAUAAAACGUGCAAUUUUUUUUAACAAAACGGACUGAUAUAAUAUUGGCCAAAGAGUACUUAGUUAUGUAAAUAAUUAUUACAGUUACUAUAUUAUUAAAUAAGUGUUUCAAGAUGGCGCUACCUCCACAGCAGUUCUGUGUCAGGUGGAACUCCUAUCAUACUAAUUUACAGGCAGUAUUUCCCCGUUUACUCCUAACUGAACAAUUCGCGGACGUAACCCUAGCCUGUGAGUCUCGUCAGCUGAGAUGUCACAAGCUAGUGUUGUCAGCCUGCUCCGCUUACCUCGAGAAGCUCUUGCUUCAAAACCCCUGCAAGCACCCCAUUGUACUUAUGAGGGAUAUGCGGUUUAGUGAAAUGCAAGCAUUAGUGGACUUCAUGUACAAAGGCGAAGUGAAUGUAACGCAAGAUGAACUGCCCAGUCUGCUCAAGUCGGCUGAGGCGUUGCAAAUUAGAGGGCUAUGUUCGGGUGAGGGAGCAGCCGAGUCCAGAGACUACACACUGGCGAGCGAUGCCCUACUUGCGCACGCGCAGCGAGACGCGCCGCCGGCACAACAACAACAGCAACAACAGAAACCAACAAACACAACAAACGGUCCAAAGAAACGGAAAUCGGAGGAAAGAGAUAAAAACCCGGAUGUCAAGGAAGAGACUGUCGAAGAAGAUGGCCUUUAUUACGGAGAACUUGACAAUGACCAGCUUGAGUACAAUGAGGACGAUGAAUCUGGCAAACCCGGCAGCAGUUUAGGACAAACGUCAGGUCAAAGUUACAUCCGAGUCAAGCCUGAGAGCGAACUCUUUUUCCACAAUAAGUUGCAAAACUUAGCAAACACGGAGUACGUGAAUCGCUUAUCGAAAAUGAAUUCAACUGAAAUUCAGAAUGAAUUUUCGAAAUACGGCCUCCAGGACAUGUCGGAAGAUUUUCAAAAAACCGAAAACGACUAUUACAAAUCUUGGCUAGAGCAAAAUGGGGAACUAGAAGUGUCUCUAUUGAAGGCUAAUCAAAUUAAAAAAUCGAAAAAUGAUAUCAAAAGCCAAAAAUCUGAAGUAGAACUCAUUCCACAUACCAAAGAAAAGGAUGUUUAUCCGAAAAUCGGAGAAAAAAUGGUCAGAAAACGCGGCAGGCCGCCGAUCUUUAAGGAUAAAAAUGUCGAUAUAGGGGAAACGGUUCUAAAGGCUGAUUUAGAUCAAUUUCUGGAAGGGAAGGAGGUCAGUUCCUCUGGAUUGUCAAGGAAAGAUCUGGAAAGGGUGAUGAUGGGAAAGUUUAAUCCCAAUAGGCGUUAUUCGAACGAAGCGAUGUGGGCUGCUCUAAUGGAUGUGAAGAAAGGAGGCAGUAUAUAUAGAGCGGCUCAAACACACAAAGUACCAAGGAAAUCUUUACGUAACUGGAUGAAACGUUGCCACAUCAAAUCAUCAUUCCCUAUGCCUCAGCAAUUAAAACAAUUUGUGGAAAAUAGCAAAAAACAGAGAGAAUACAAGCACGAACCGGAAAAAUUGGAAACGGCGAGCUUCAACCCGGAUAUCGAUUUCGGGAAACACUUUUUAACCUGUAACCAAAUAUCCAGUGACGAUGAAAAAGUCGAAAACAAUUGUGAUGGCAGCACAGCCAUAAAUAUGUCAUUGCAUGAAUAAAUGCUGGUAACUUUUUUGGAGUACAUUUUUUUAUAAUCUAUAAUAUAAUAAAAUAAAUUAAAUUUUUCAUUGGAAAAGCUUGAAAUUUAUACGAAAAAUUAUAUAUUUAAUGGUAUAGGAUUUUUUGUUAUAUUUUUUUUUAUUUUAAAAAUAUAAUUGCCAAAGAAUACGCAAAGAUUUUGUUGUUCGAAAUCGGCUUGAAAAUAUUUUUUAAAUAAUUUGCAAUAUGAAUACCCAAAGAUUUGUUUUUCAUUUAAUUAUUUUAUUUACUAAAGAAAUUAUAUAAAAAAUGUAGUAUCACUACCGCUCGGGUAGUCUUGAUACUUUUUUGUUUUAUUUAUUUGUUAUUUCUAAUUUUAGUAUUAUAUUAGUUAAUUAUUGUAGGUAAAUGUGAAAAAUUAUAUAAAAAAAAAAUUAAGUAAAUUUGGCCUUUUUCGAAAAUUACGUGUGCUUAUGGACUUCGUCCGAUAAUUAAAAGACUUGAUGAUAAAAAAAUUUAGAAUAA